AUGGUUGGAAUCCAGGCCGACCGCCUUAGAUUACGCCAGCGUAUGGCCAAUGAGAUGGCUCAUUAUGCAUGUGACUGCUGGGAUGCUGAAUGUGUGGGUUGUGCUGAUCGGUCUUGUUUCUAUUUGAAUAAGCAUUCCAGAGCUACAGGUGCCCGGCAUGUAGCUGAGCGACGCCUUGACGAACCGGUAGGAACCCUUUUCCUUUAA